UGGGGUGGGGGGUAGAUGGACAGACAGCAAGAGGUGGGAGGCAGCAGGUGCCAGACCCACAUCUCGAGAAUAAGUGCCAGGAGGAACUUGGAAGGGUGCAGGAGGCAGCCUUCUGCAAAUUUAAAAAUGCCAGGAUUACUCGUCGCCAUGGGGAGAUGCUAGCACUCGACCAGCCACUCUCCCUGCUAGGGAGCCCUGGUUCCUGGAGGCCUGUGGCAGAACUGGCACCCAAUCACCAGUGGCCCUCCUGAAUGACCCUUAGCCACAGGGUGGUGCCAGAUUUAUAUUGAGGAGUCAGGCAACAGGUACAGCAGCAGUUGGCCAGGGCAUACAUGGUACAUUUUACAAGUGACAUCUGGAGCAGCCAGGGUGGUUCAAACAUGCCUUUCCCUCACAGGGCACUGGUGGGAGGUGGAAGCAAUAGACCUAGGGGGACACACAAGGGAAGAGACAGGUGGGCCUUGUUGACUGUGGCUGUGAUGGAAGGCCGCCACAGAGCUGGCAACAUUCAAGAGGCUCUGAGGGACACGCUGCAGCAGUGGAGACCAGCUGCAGAAAGCUGUUCGUCACAGGCAACCGGGUAAAGGACAUCUGGAUGCGUGGAUAGUUGUACUAGUGUUUCAUGAACAUUUUGCAGUUUCGUUUCAAGCAAAGUAAAGCAUGAUGCACGAAGACUGCAUCCAGCUAAUUUAAAGAGCUCCAGGAAACACAAUAUGAUAAUUAUCAGUGUUCUUAACCAGUGUGUAGAGGGCAGCCAGCCCCAAAGGGCUUUCUGCAGGCCCUGGAGGCGUCACUUUGCAAGGUGGCAACAUUAGCCAUAUGGUUUGUGUGUGACUCAGUUUCUGCUGAAUGGUCAGGGAUAUGGACGCAGCAUGAAUAGCUUGCCAUAGCGCAAGUAUCACCCUGGGCUGCUGUCAAAAUAUCUAAGGCCAUUCUAUUCUGUAUAAACAUCUGCCAAACUACAGUUAAUUCAUGCAAUAUCUCUAGGAGGGCCAUGGUCAUUUCACUGGUCUGAAUUUCUACCGUACCUUGCAAUCAUUGCAGUGCAGAGGCUACCGCAUCUCUCCCCCCUGCCCCAGUAUAGAAAAAUGAAACUAAUAAUCCAGUUUGCAUUUGUGAGUGACUCCUGGUUUUCCAUGUACCAAUGGGACUCUUCCAGAGUUCGAUGACUUCUAAUUUUCCCUGGAGGCGUCUACUUCAGCACAGAAAAAGAUGGAGGAACGUAGCCAACACAGCAUGUGCCCCACCAGUUACGGGGCAAGCAUCUACAGACACGAUGACUGCACACAAAAUAGGAUCCAUCUAGAGUUGUUUUUCCAUUCCACCACAUUCCUUCUAGGUGAGAGAUUUGGAAGGGAAGGUAUUUCAGCCUUCAGAUCAGAAACACCAGGCAAGCUCUCUCCAAAACGAGCUCCAAGUUGCGAUGUUCCUGAGCACCCAGAUCAAAAUAAUUCCUCCAGGAGUUUGGGAAAAAGGCAGCAGGCGAUUCUUACGGAGGGGACAGAAGGCAAAGAGAGCUACAAAGGCUUAGGAGUUAGGAAACGCAAAGGAGCUGCUGUCUACCGGCUGGUUCACAUAAGAGAGAAACCAAACAUCUGCAUCGAGUGUGGGAAAAGCUUUACCCAGAGGUCAGAUCUAAUUAAUCAUCAGAGAAUUCACACAGGAGAAAAGCCCUAUAUGUGCCCAGACUGUGGGAGGAGUUUCAGCAUGGGCUCAAACCUUCUCAGGCACCGGAGGACCCACACAGGAGAGAGACCCUAUAAUUGUAUUCAGUGUGGGAAAAAAUUUACUGAUAAAUCAACUCUGAUCCAACACCAGAGAACCCACACAGGAGAAAAGCCUUAUCAGUGCCUGGACUGUGGAAGGAACUUCAGCCGUAGCUCCCAUCAUAAGAGACACCUGAAGAGUGUGGCCGGAAAGCAUCAUAGCCAACAGAGGCAUCUUGAGAAUGCAGCCUUCUCUGCCCUGAGAAAGGCAGGAAUGACCAAGAAGAGCGUCCCUGUCAAUACAUGCACAGAAUGUUGGCAGAGUUUCAGCCAGAACUCAGACCUGAUCAAACACAUGCGCAUCCAUACUGGGGAGAAACCCUAUGUUUGUCAUCACUGUGGCAAGUGCUUCAACGUCAGCUCCAACCUGAACCGUCACCAGAGAAUCCACACGGGGGAGAAGCCCUAUACCUGCUUAGACUGCGGGAAGAGCUUCACUGACAAAUCCACCCUCACCCAGCAUCAUCGCACCCACACGGGAGAGAAACCUUACAGAUGCAUUUACUGUGGCAAGAGCUUCAGCCACAGUUCUCACCACAAGAGGCACGAGAAAAUCCACCUGGGGGAGAGGCCCGCUGUGUUCAUGCCCCUGCAGCCCUAUCCCAAUCAAAUGUUCUCAAGCACACAGGUUUCUUGAGAAAGUGGGAAACCUGGCUCUGUGUGUGUGUGGCAAGGGAUAAUUGUGUUCUGUGGGAAUCUCAACCCAGUUCUCUUCUUAAACUGACUGGUAACCCAAUGCCUCAGAACAGGAUGUGAAACUCCAGUAUUAUACCCACUUAAGUGGGGGGGGGGGGUGUUCCUAAAAGCAUUUAAUUUUUCCGUCAGUGCAAUCCUGAGUUACAAUUAAACCUAUUGGACUUUGGUGGACUGAGAAGUGUGUAACUCUCUUUAGGAUGAUAUGGUGGCAUAUCAUCUUUUUUAAGAAGCUCAACAUUGUUAUAAUCAUGCAGGUGUGUUCAUAAAGCAUUUGUAGUUCUAUCUGCGUCUCUUCCCUUCAACCCUAAAUUUGAUUUAAGUGAAUUCCACAUGCUAACAAGACAUCAUCUGUUUAAUCCAAUACAUCAUCUCUUUGUUUACCUUUUUCUUUAGGGGUGAUUUUUUUUUUGUCUGACAUUUAAUGCCGUAAGUAUUAAACAACGCCAUACAUAUGUAGCACCUCAUCCCUUCCCAGACCUCCCAUUCUGUGUGCUUUUGACUCUGAGCUUGAAUCAGAUAAUAAUAUACUGUGAAAGAGGCAGUCGAAUUUUGGGCUGAUUCUAUGGCAUAGUCUGGCACGAAAGCGUCUCUGCUCCUGUCCAGAAAUGCUUCAGUUCCUUCUCUUCCUUUCGACGCAUCAGAGAGAGUUGUGGGAAAACUUUUAAAAAUCAGUCCAUCGCAAGUUGUAAAGUUUGUUUUUCACUUCCUGUUUACACCUUUGCCGAACUGGAAAAAUCAGGCGGGAGAAAUAUACCGAUGCCAAAAAGUUUGUAAACUUCAUUUUUGUAUGUUUUCAGAAAUAUUUUUGUAUUUUGAUUUAAAAAUAUAUUUUUAAAAGCAGAAUUUUACUGAUGUUCUGGGAUUUUGGAUCUAACGUCACAACUUUUCUGAAAAAUUUAAAAAGCAAGCUGUUAUUGCAGAACAAAUUAAGAUUUCAAAAAAAAAACCCUUGUCAUUGGACAGGGAGAAAGCGUUCUUUAUAAUAAAGGUUCUUUAUUCAAUUCCA